AUGGCGGCACACCUGUCCUACGGGCGAGUGAACCUCAAUGUGCUGCGCGAGGCAGUGCGUCGCGAGCUGCGCGAGUUCCUGGACAAGUGCGCGGCGACACCACCGUCCGGCCUGGCCUCAUCCGGUGUCCCUCAGGUCCAGAGAGGCGGAUCCGGUGCCCCCCGCCCAGUUCCCACCCGAGAUAUUGGAACUGGUGAGGCGGCCCCGCCCAGGAACGAACAUGAAGUGGAAAAAAUGUUUACGCUUAAAGGAAGUCGUUUGCCAGCAGCUGAUGUCAAGAAUAUAAUAUUUUUUGUCAGGCCCAGGCUAGAAUUGAUGGAUACCAUUGCUGAAAAUGUGCUCAGUGAAGACAGACGUGGCCCAGCAAGAGAUUUCCACAUUUUGUUCGUGCCACGACGUAGCUUAUUGUGCGAACAGCGGUUGAAGGAUCUGGGUGUUUUGGGAUCCUUUAUUCAUAGGGAUGAGUACAGCCUAGAUCUCAUCCCUUUUGAUGGGGAUCUCCUAUCCAUGGAAUCGGAGGGUGCAUUCAAAGAGUGCUAUCUGGAAAGUGACCAGACCAGCCUGUACCAUGCAGCCAAGGGGCUGAUGACCCUGCAAGCUCUGUAUGGGACUAUCCCCCAGAUCUUUGGGAAAGGAGAGUGCGCCCGGCAAGUGGCCAAUAUGAUGAUCAGGAUGAAGAGAGAGUUUACAGGAAGCCAGAAUUCAGUAUUCCCCGUGUUUGAUAAUCUCUUGUUGCUUGAUCGGAAUGUGGAUUUGUUAUCGCCUCUCGCCACUCAGCUUACGUAUGAAGGACUCAUUGAUGAAAUCUAUGGCAUUCAGAACAGUUAUGUGAAAUUGCCUCCGGAGAAAUUUGCACCUAAGAAACAGGGUGAUGGUGGUAAGGACCUUCCCACAGAAGCAAAGAAGCUUCAGCUGAAUUCUGCAGAGGAGCUGUAUGCUGAGAUCAGAGAUAAAAACUUCAAUGCUGUGGGCUCCGUGCUUAGCAAGAAAGCAAAGGUGAUCUCUGCAGCAUUCGAGGAAAGGCACAACGCCAAGACGGUUGGGGAGAUCAAGCAGUUCGUUUCACAGCUGCCCCACAUGCAGGCAGCACGAGGCUCCCUCGCAAAUCACACCUCGAUUGCAGAGCUGAUCAAAGAUGUAACUACUUCUGAGGACUUCUUCGAUAAACUGACAGUGGAGCAGGAGUUCAUGUCUGGAAUAGACACGGAUAAAGUCAACAGCUACAUUGAGGAUUGUAUUGCCCAAAAACAUCCCCUGAUCAAGGUGUUAAGACUAGUUUGCCUCCAAUCUGUGUGCAAUAGUGGACUCAAACAGAAAGUUCUGGAUUAUUACAAAAGAGAAAUUCUACAGACCUACGGCUAUGAGCACAUCCUGACCUUGCAUAACCUUGAGAAGGCUGGUCUGCUGAAGCCACAGACAGGGGGCAGAAACAGUUACCCCACUCUCCGGAAAACGUUACGCCUUUGGAUGGAUGAUGUAAAUGAGCAAAACCCCACGGACAUAUCGUACGUGUACAGCGGUUACGCCCCACUCAGUGUGCGACUGGCCCAGCUGCUUUCCCGGCCUGGCUGGCGGAGUAUUGAGGAAGUUCUGCGCAUCCUCCCAGGGCCCCACUUUGAGGAACGGCAGCCGUUGCCCACAGGACUGCAAAAGAAGCGUCAGCCAGGAGAAAACCGAGUCACUCUGAUCUUUUUCCUCGGGGGUGUAACCUUUGCUGAAAUUGCCGCCCUGCGAUUUCUCUCCCAGCUGGAAGAUGGAGGUACAGAAUAUGUCAUCGCCACCACUAAACUAAUCAACGGGGCCAGCUGGAUAGAGUCACUAAUGGAAAAACCUUUCUAG